AUGGGUCGCGCAGCCUCGCCAGCGCUCUCGGAGAACGAGUUCGACAUCUCCCGAUCACUGUUUGGCGGCGAAGAUGGCGACUUCACCAGCGAUUCCGAAGCCGAGCAGAUUUCCGUGCAAAAGACCCAGAAUCUGCCCGCAGUCGAUUUGGCCGGCAGUGACGAUGAGGACGAAGCGUUCAUCACUGCGGCGCAGGCAGCCGUGAACCGCAAAGGCGAUGGGAAAGGGAAGAAGUCGGGCGCUUUCCAGUCCAUGGGCCUCAACACCCACCUCCUCAAGGCCAUUACACGAAAAGGCUUCUCCGUACCAACACCGAUUCAGCGCAAGACAAUCCCCUUGAUUUUGGAUGGACAGGAUGUGGUGGGUAUGGCCAGGACGGGUUCAGGAAAGACGGCGGCAUUCGUGAUUCCCAUGAUUGAAAAGUUGAAGUCGCAUAGUGCCAAGGUCGGCGCGAGAGCAAUCGUCUUGUCACCAUCGCGAGAAUUGGCGUUGCAGACGUUGAAGGUGGUGAAAGAGAUGAGCCGGGGAUCCGAUCUACGCACAACACUGCUGGUGGGAGGAGACAGCUUGGAAGAGCAGUUUAGCAGCAUGGCCAGCAAUCCGGACAUUAUCAUCGCAACUCCAGGUCGUUUUGAGCAUUUGAAGGUGGAAAUGGGCUUGGAGCUGUCAAGUGUCAAGUAUGUCGUAUUCGACGAGGCAGACAGACUGUUUGAGAUGGGUUUUGCCGCGCAACUGCUCGAGAUCAUGCAUUCUCUGCCGUCAAACCGACAGACUUUGCUCUUCUCUGCGACUCUACCCAAAUCGCUCGUCGAAUUUGCCCGGGCCGGUCUUCAAGAUCCAAAACUGGUCCGUCUGGAUGCCGAGAGUAAGAUUGCACCGGGACUGCAGAGCGCCUUCUUCACUGUCAAGCGAGCGGAAAAGGAAGGUGCCCUCCUCCACAUCCUUCAAGAUAUCGUGAAGAUGCCUACAGGAGAGACGGUGGCGGCUAUCAAGGCUAGGGAGCCCCAAAAGAGAGACAACAAGAAACGAAAGCGAGGAAACGAUGAUCCGCGGGAGAUGCCAUCCGAGCACUCCACCGUGAUAUUCGCUGCGACCAAGCAUCACGUCGACUAWCUGGCAUCUUUCCUGAAGGCCUACGGAUACGCCACCUCGUAUGUCUAUGGUUCUCUUGACCAGACUGCCCGGAAGAUGCAAGUGUUGGACUUUCGUACUGGUAUGACCAACAUCCUGGUCGUCACGGACGUUGCUGCCCGUGGGUUGGAUAUCCCUAUCCUUGCAAAUGUAAUCAACUACGACUUCCCAUCCCAACCAAAAAUCUUUGUCCACCGUGUUGGUCGAACUGCCCGAGCUGGAAAAGAGGGAUGGAGUUACAGCCUGGUGACCAACCAGGAUAUGCCAUAUCUGCUCGAUUUACAACUCUUUCUCGGCCGAAAAUUACUUGUCGGCAGAGUGGAGAAGGAGCGAGAAAUGUUUCAGAACUCCAUUGUGGUCGGCUCUAUGCAGCGUGCGAAAAUGGAGAGCUUGUGCGAGGAAGCACAAAAGCUGCUAGACGACGAUGAUGAUUUGAGGCUGCAGCGUGACGUCGCCGGCAAGGGAGAGAAACAAUACAUGAGAACCAGAAAUAGCGCGUCCGCGGAGAGUGUGAAACGUGCAAAGGGCAUUGCACAAGCGGAGGACUCCACGGGCGUGAAUGUGCUCUUCGAUGACGGCAAAGAUGCAGGACUUGAGGAGCAAAGACUGGACAUGCUGGCGCGUGUCAGUGGCUUCAGGCCGGUGGAGACGGUAUUUGAGGUCGGCCAAAGAGGAAAGAACAACGAAGCUAGUGAGAUGAUGAAGAAGCGGAGAGCCAAGAUUGAGCCGAAGCAUCAAGUUGCGAAGCAGACGCAAGAGGAUGAGGCGGACAACGAUGCACCCACGCGGAACCCCGACGCCGACGAGGAGAUGGAUGAGGAUUCCGAAGAAGAGCUCAUUCUGACCCAACCAAAUGGUGGAGCAGAUAUGGAAGAGGCUUCCGAUGAUGAGCUGGAACUUACAUUCGCCACGCCCGCUGACGAGUCGUUGCCUGGGAAGAAGAAGCGCAAAGGCAAUUGGCAAGACUCUGAGCACUUCAUGUCUUACACGCCUUCAACGUUGAACCUCGCUGAAGAUCGUGGCUACGGUGUUCACUCUGGUGGUACAAAUGCCACUCGCGAUACAGGCGCCGGUGGUGCGCAUUUCCUGGAAGCUGCGAGAGGCGCCACUAUGGAUCUCACAAAUGAUGAAAGCAAGAGUUUCCAAGACGCUACGAAAGCCAAGGGGCUGCGAUGGGAUAAGAAAGCGAAGAAAUAUGUUGCCCGUGCCAACGACGAGGACGGUUCCAAGGGCGCAAAGAUGAUUCGCGGAGAGAGCGGACAGAAGAUCCCAGCUUCCUUCAAGAGUGGAAGAUUUGAUGCGUGGCGGAAAGCCAACCGUGUGGAGCGUAUGCCUAGGACUGGCGAGCUGGAAAACUCCAGUCAACGUGGAGGCGCGGUUGGGAGAGGCGGGAUCAUCGGUGGCGGAAAGCGGUAUAAGCAUAAGCAGGAGUUGGCGCCCAAAGCUGCUGACAAGUACCGCGAUGAUUAUGAGGUUAGGAAGAAAAAGGUUGAGGCUGCGAAGGCGGAGGGUAGGGGUAGAUUCGCGAAGGAGGGGAAGAGUGAGUUGAGAGGUGCGGAGGAUGUGCGGAAGAUUAGGUUGGAGGCGGAGAAGAGGCAGGGGAAGAAUGCUAGGCCGCAGCAUCGUGGGAUCGCAGGUGCGAGUAGAGGGGGUGGCAGGGGUGGUGGACGAGGUGGUGGAGGCGGCGGACGCGGUGGCGGUGGUGGACGAGGUGGAGGCGGAAGAGGUGGCAGAGGCGGUGGAAGAGGUGGCAGAUAA